CCAACUGAGAUCCAGAAGUUGAUCGCCACAGGCCACCGCCAGGCAACCUUGGCACGUGCUUUCGCGACUUUACAGAUUUAUGAAAUAAAACGACAAGCGCAAUACAGACCGCGAUAAUAAUACAGGAACGCGCGGUCUAUGGGGAGACUGCAUAGACAAGGGAGGAAACCCUCAUUGGACAUCGAAGAACAAACGAACGACUGCCCCCGCCAAGACCCAAGAUAGAAGCUCCAGUGUGCAGACAACAGGCAGUGCAUCUACCUUAAAAGUUGACCUCGAUUUCACGACUUCUCGCUUCUCACCAAACCAGACAUCGAAAUAGAACAUCGAACGAUUUUAUUGAACAUCAGCCCCGUCGCAUUUCUCACCCCGGACAUCCGCGUCGGUUAGAUAUUCUGCGACAUAGUAGACACAGCGGUCUUCGCAGCCAUUCCUAAUCCCUUCACUUUGUCCCUGUAUCCAAGGCCGUGAUACUAGACGCCCACCAUGGAAUUCAACAUCGACGAUCUACCAGUUCUGUUUCCUUACCCAAGGAUAUAUCCAGAACAAUAUGCGUACAUGGUGGACUUGAAAAAAACCCUCGAUGCAGGCGGGAACUGCGUCCUGGAAAUGCCUUCGGGCACCGGCAAGACCGUCACCCUUUUGUCACUCAUCGUCGCCUACCAGCAAUACUACCCAGAGCACCGGAAGCUGAUCUACUGCUCGCGAACAAUGUCCGAAAUCGAAAAGGCCCUCGUCGAGCUGAGAGCGCUCAUGAAGUUCAGAGCCGAGCGGCUCGGGCACGAAGAAGAGUUCCGCGGUCUCGGUCUGACAAGUCGAAAGAACCUGUGUCUGCAUCCCUCGGUCAAGCGGGAGAAGAGUGGUGCCAUUGUCGACGCCAGGUGUCGCAGCUUGACGGCCGGCUUCGUCAAGGAGAAGAGGGAAAAGGGCGAGAAUGUGGAGACGUGCGUCUACCACGACAACCUCGACCUUCUUGAACCGCAUAACCUGAUCCCCAACGGAAUUUGGACCCUGGAUGGUCUGUUGAGGUAUGGUGAGGAGAAGAAGCAGUGUCCGUAUUUCACCGCCAGGAGGAUGAUGGAAUACUGCAACGUCAUCAUUUACUCCUACCACUACCUCCUAGACCCCAAGAUCGCCGAGCGUGUGUCCAAGAAUCUAUCCAAGGACUGCAUUGUCGUCUUUGACGAGGCUCACAACAUCGACAACGUCUGUAUCGAAUCUCUAAGUACCGACAUUACCCAGGAUUCACUUAUGAGGGCUACCAGAGGUGCUCAGAACUUGGAGGCCAAAAUCAACGAGAUGAAGGACUCCGAUCAAGAGAAACUCCAAUCCGAGUACGAAAAGCUGGUUGAAGGGCUCAAGGGUCUAGAUGAAGGGCGACAGGAGGAUGCUUUCAUGGCCAACCCAACACUACCCGACGAUCUGCUCAAGGAGGCCGUCCCCGGCAAUAUCAGGCGAGCCGAGCACUUCGUUGCCUUCCUCAGGAGAUUCAUUGAAUACCUCAAGACUCGCAUGAAGGUCCGCCAGGUCAUCUCGGAAACGCCACCAUCGUUCCUCGCCCAUCUGAAGGAAUACACCUUCAUCGAGAAGAAACCGCUCCGGUUCUGCGCUGAGCGUCUAACCUCGCUAGUCCGGACCCUCGAACUCACCAACAUCGAAGACUACCGGCCCCUCCAAGAAGUAGCCACCUUUGCAACCCUCGUCGCCACCUACGAGAAGGGCUUCCUCCUGAUCCUCGAGCCCUACGAAUCCGACACGGCCAAGACCCCGAACCCGGUCCUGCACUUCACCUGCCUCGACGCCGCCAUCGCCAUCAAGCCCGUCUUCGACCGCUUCAGCUCCGUCAUCAUCACCUCCGGCACCAUCUCCCCUCUCGAGAUGUACCCCAAAAUGCUCAACUUCUCCACCGUCGUCCAGGAAUCCUACUCCAUGACCCUCGCCCGCCGCUCUUUCUUACCCAUGAUCGUCACCCGCGGCUCCGACCAGGCCUCCAUCUCGACCUCCUUCCAAGUCCGCAACGAGCCCAGCGUCGUGCGCAACUACGGCAACCUGCUAACCGAAUUCGCCCGCAUGACGCCCGACGGCAUGGUCGUCUUCUUCCCCUCCUACCUAUACAUGGAAUCCAUCAUCUCCAUGUGGCAAGGCAUGGGCAUCCUCGACGAAGUCUGGAAGCACAAACUGAUCCUCGUCGAAACGCCCGACGCGCAGGAAACCUCCCUAGCGCUCGAAACCUACCGCACAGCCUGCUGCAACGGCCGCGGCGCCGUCCUGCUCUGCGUCGCGCGCGGCAAAGUGUCCGAAGGCAUCGACUUCGACCACCAGUACGGCCGCACGGUGCUGUGCAUCGGCGUGCCGUUCCAGUACACCGAGUCGCGCAUCCUGAAGGCCCGCUUGGAAUUUCUGAGGGAAACGUACCGCAUCCGCGAGAACGACUUUUUGUCGUUCGACGCCAUGCGCCACGCCGCGCAGUGCCUCGGUCGCGUCUUGCGCGGCAAGGACGACUAUGGAGUGAUGGUGCUGGCGGACAGACGCUUCAUGAAGAAGCGCCAUCAGUUGCCCAAGUGGAUCAACCAAGCUUUGCUGGAUGCGAACACGAAUCUGAGCACGGAUAUGGCGGUGGGUGCUGCGCGGGCGUUCCUCAAGCAGAUGGCGCAGCCGUUUAGUGCCAAGGAUCAGGAGGGCGUGAGUAUUUGGGGUAUGAAGGACCUCAAGAGGCAUCAGGAGAAGAUGGCGGAGGAUUUGAUUGUGGAGUUGAGGACACAGAGGGAGGAUGAGGAAAGGGAGAGGAAGAGGAGGGAGGAGGAGGAGAGGAGACGGUUGGAGGAGGAGAGGGACAGGGUUAGUGAUUAUGAGAUGGAUGAGGAUGAUGAGGCGGAGAUGAUGGCUCUGGAUGCGAGGAUCGGGUAGUGGUCGAAGGUGAAGGUGAUUUUUGAGUGGGAUAGAGUAGAUGAAGUGAAUUAGUUUGUUAUUUGGGGAGUUGUAGCUGUGGUUGAUUGUAUCACAUUGGCCAUAUCGUAGUGUAUACAUGCCGUGUAAAACAUGACGGAAACUUAUCACGGUUCUAACUGUUGAUCAUCAGUCAUUGAUAUGAAUUAUCCUAAGCUAGAGCUCCAGUCACAAGACAAGC